UGUGUGUGUGUGUGUGUGUAUGUGUGUAUAAAAGAGAGCAUAGCGUUGCUGCUGCUACUGCUGCCGCCACCGCCGCCGCCGCCGCCGCUACCGCAGUGCUCCCGCUGGGGCAGAGCUCGAGUGGACAGAUCAUAGAGCCACUCCUACCAUCCUCCUGCCGCAGUUCGUCCACACUUCCCGCACCACCCAGCUCGCCAUGCGCUCCGCCGCGCUCCUGGCGCUUCUGCUGUGCGCCGGGCAAGUCUUUGCCCUCCCUGUGAACAGUCCUAUGACAAAAGGGGACACUAAGGUGAUGAAGUGUGUCGUGGAGGUCAUCUCUGAUUCACUGUCCAAACCCAGCCCCGUGCCUGUCAGCCCUGAGUGUCUGGAGACCCUCCAAGGAGAUGAGAGGGUCCUCUCCAUUCUGCGACACCAGAAUUUGCUGAAGGAACUCCAAGACCUGGCUCUCCAAGGUGCCAAGGAGCGGGCCCAGCAGCAGCCAAAGCAGCAGGCGGAGCAGCAGAAGCCACAGCAGCAACACAGCAGCUUCGAGGAUGAGCUCUCAGAAGUGUUUGAGAAUCAGAGCCCUGAGGCCAAGCACGGAGCAGACACGGUAACAGAAGCUCCCUCUAAGGAAGCUGUGGAGAAGAGAGAGGAUUCUGACGAGGUGCAACAAGGUGGCUCUGAGGGAACCACCGAGGGACCCAGGCCUCAGGCCUUUCCAGAGCCUGGGCAGAAGUCCUCUAUGAUGGGGAACAGUCAGGCCCCUGGGGAGGAUGCAGCCACCAACACCCAGCCUCCAGCCAGCCUCCCCAACCAGGAGCAUAUGGGCCCACAGGCCACGGGGGACAGUGAGAGAGGCCUGAGUGUCCAGCAGCAAGCCGGGAAAACCAAGCAAGAGGAGGAAAAGGAGGAGGAAGAGGAGGUUAGAGAGAAGGCUGGACCUGAAGAGGUCCCCACUGAAGCAUCCAGCUCCCAACCCGAAUACGAGGAGAUCCAGAAAGAUGAGGGUCAGUCGGAGUCUCAGGCAGUGGAUGGAGGCGGAAAGACCAGGGCUUCUGAAGCUCAGUUACCCAAGGGGAAGGGGCAGCCGGAGCACUCUCAGCAGGAGGAAGAUGGGGAAGAUGUGAUGGCAGGGCCCCCCCAAGGUCUCUUCCCAGGCAGGAAGAGCCAGGAGCUGGAGCAUAAGCAGGAGGAAGAAGAAGAGGAGCGUCUGUCCAGAGACUGGGAGGGCAAGCGAUGGAGCAGGAUGGACCAGCUGGCCAAGGAGCUGACAGCAGAGAAGCGGCUGGAGGGGGAGGAUGACCCUGACCGCUCCAUGAAGCUCCCUUUCCGGGCCCGGGCCUAUGGCUUCAGGGACCCCGGGCCUCAGCUACGGCGGGGCUGGAGGCCAUCUUCCAGAGAAGAUAGUGUGGAGGCCCGAGGUGACUUUGAAGAAAAGAAGGAGGAGGAAGGCAGCGCCAACCGCAGAGCAGAGGACCAGGAGCUAGAGAGCCUGUCAGCCAUCGAGGCGGAGCUGGAGAAGGUGGCUCACCAGCUGCAGGCGUUGCGGCGGGGCUGAGGCACUGGCUGGUGGGGCCAGCCAUGGCUUCAAGGCACCCUGUGACCCUGGUCCCACGGCUUGAAUGCUGCUCCUAGUAGGGAGGCUGCCUCCAGCCCACCAGAGCCCAGGUUGUCCUCUUGCCCCUCACUCCCUCUAGUUCUCAGCCCCUGGCCUGGACACUCCUGCGGGACAGCCCUGACUGUCCACACAGACUCCUUCUCUGAACACAGGCAGCUUUCUAGACGUUUCUCUUCCACCUUAUCCAUGGGGCACAAUGGCAAUAACUUCUGACCUUUGGGUGAAAGCCAAGAACUCCCGACUAUAAGAUAUUCCAGAUAAAAUUUAUUGAAGGAAGAAUAAACCUGCUUUGGGCUCUUUC